AUGGUUCGAUGGGUAGGAGUAGGAAGUGAUGUUAUUAUAUGUUUGGCCAAAAGCCCUCGAAGUAACAUUCCUUCUGCGUUAUACAUUUCAUAUGACUACGGAGAUACAUUUGAAAACAAAACGGAUCAAUUUUAUAUAAAUGACGGCAAAAAAAUUUAUGCCAGCUUAGAUAAGUUUUAUAAUCAUCCAACGUACAUCAACCAUAUUGUAUUUGCAGAUAUUGUUAAUAGAGUUAUAUUUACGACCACCGAUAGUGGAAAAACAAUUAAAAAAGUUAAUCUUCCAUUCAGUCCCACGGAUAUAUCUUUUCAGGAGGAUGAACCUUACACGAUUUUAGCCCACGAUAAAACAAAAAUUACUAGAGAAUUAUGGUUAACCAAAGACUUUGGUCAAUCUUGGGAUCCUAUUCAGCAGUCAGUGAAAACAUUUUAUUGGUCUGGAUCUUCAACCCCAAGCAGUCUUCCCCAAACCCCGAAUAUAAUUCCUAUGAAAGGCUAUACUUACAAUAAUGACACAAGUUUAUUAUUAUUCAUCGAAAGAAUUGAACCUUCACAAAAAUCUACCGUACUCUCAAGUCCAUUCGGGAACAAUAUUAAAGUCUGGAUGUCUGACGUUGAAGAUUUCAAACUCAUUGGCGAUUUUAUGUUUGUCAUCAAAGCUGCUGGCCAAAAUAAUUUAGAUUUGUAUGUGUCUUUUAAAAGGGGAAAAUUCGUCAAAGCAAUUUUCCCUUCCGAGUUAAAUCGUUUAGGCUAUCAUUUCUUGGACGUUUCGGAGGGUCAAAUUUUCGUAGCAGUUUCUCACACCGAAACCGUGUCUAAUUUAUAUUCAUCCCAAGCCAUGGAUGGCAAUCAUAUAUAUUUUGCUUUAUCGUUAGAAAGAAUACUUUGUUUUUUACCGAAUUCAACGUGGAAAGGUUCAUGGUUGUCAGGUGUGACGGAAGAGUCUUUUGCUGAUUUUCAUAAAGUGGAAGGCCUUCGCGGAAUAUAUAUAGCGUCUCAAGUUCAGCCGACGGCCGAUUCAAAUAAUAUAACACCUGAACAUUUGUUAACUUUAAUAACGUUUGACAGAGGAGGAGAAUGGAGGCCUUUGACUCCUCCUUCGGUCGAUGACGACGGCUAUCCUAUUAAAUGUGAUGCAAAUGAUGGAUGUUCAUUACAUUUGUCACAAAAGUUUAAUCAGUUGUACCCAGCUAUUAGAUCAGUGCCGAUUUUAUCAUCGAAAUCAGCUCCAGGUAUUAUUAUGGCAACUGGAACAAUUGGAAAAUCUUUAAAAGGUCACCCAAAAGUUUUUCUCAGCCGCGACGGUGGUUUAACUUGGCGUCAGAUAUUGAAAGAUUACUAUUUUUUCAAUUUCGGGGAUCAUGGCGGAGUGCUCGUUGCAGUUAAAUUUUACAGGAGUAAUGUUGAAACCAGGGAAUUACUUUAUUCUACCGAUGAAGGAGAAAAAUUUUCGAGUCACGAAUUUCAUUCUGAAAGUUUAAGAAUGUAUGGUUUGAUGACGGAACCAGGUGGAAACACGACUGUUUUCACCAUGUUUGGAAGUCCUGUCGGGGUUCAUCAGUGGUUAAUAAUAAAAGUUGACUUGAGAAACGUAUUUAGUUAUAAUUGUACGGAAAAUGAUUACAAAUUUUGGUCACCGAGUAGCAAAUCAGGACCCAAAAUGCCUUGCAUUCUCGGGAGAAAGGAAACCUACGAAAGAAGAAUAGCUCAUUCAAAUUGUUACAAUGGUAAAAAUUACAACAGACCCAUUAAAACGGAAAUAUGCGAAUGCGACUUUGAAGAUUUUGAAUGUGAUUACGGAUUCUUACGAAGCAUGACCCUUCAACACUGCAUUCGUAAUAAAACAUUUGAAAAUAACCCUUAUGAGAUACCAUCAUUUUGCCGUCCUGGAGAGUUUUACAAUAGAACAAAGGGAUAUAAAAAAAUUCCCGGGGAUGUAUGUAUUGAAGGAUUAGAGCGUAAUUAUCUUCCGGAUAUGCUACCGUGUCCAUUGAAAGAAAAAAGAGAAUUUCUUCUUGUUGCUCAAAGGGAUCAAAUCAGUAGAAUUGAUUUAAAAGAUUUUAGCGUUGAGAAGUUACCAGUAUUGAAUUUAAAAAAUGUCGUAGCCAUAGAAUUCGAUAUGAGGAAUAAUUGCGUGUAUUGGGCCGAUAUAGUUUCCGAUGUAGUAGGGCGUCAAUGUUUUAAUAAUGGAUCUUCAAGUCCGGAAAUUUUAAUUCAAAGCCAAUCGUCUUCUAUAGAAGGUAUGGCUUUAGAUUGGGUCUCGAAUAAUUUGUAUUUCGUCGACGGAAUGAAAGCUGAAAUCGAAGUCAUUCGUACGGAUAUCAGUCAUCAGGGCCGUAUGAGGAAAACAAUUCUGGGAAAGAAGCAUUUGAAGAAGCCUAGAGGAAUAGCCGUUCAUCCGACGGCAGGCUUUUUAUUUUGGACGGAUUGGGAGUUGGAAGAACCCUCGGUUUCUCGAGCCUAUCUCAACGGUUCAAACAUUAAAGUAUUAUUUACUAAACCCGUUGUAAUGUGGCCUAAUGGAAUUACAAUUGAUCACAUCGCCGAACGAAUUUACUGGGUGGAUGCUCGACUCGAUUACAUUGCCAGUUCCGAUUUAAAUGGAAAGCGAUUCAAAAAAAUUGUAGCAAAUGAUGAAAGGGCGAAUCAUCCCUUUGGCGUUGCCGUUUUUAAAGACUACGUUUACUGGGAUGAUUGGAAACAGAUAAAUAUUUUUAUGGCUGACAAAGAUCAUGGCGUCGGCAUAGAGCCUUUAUUAAAAAAUAUUUCUGCUCUUAUGGAUUUAAAGGUUUUUGCCCACGGUUUUCAAGAGGGAACGAAUCCUUGCGGUGAUCCUGCUCUAAACAAAUGUUCUCAUCUUUGCUUCGGUGGACCAGGAAAUACUUAUUCGUGCAUGUGCCCGCAAAAUAUGGUUCUUUUUGAUAAUAAUUGUUAUUGCAUUGGAAAAAAACAACCAGACGAAAAUGGUGCUUGUCCCGCUGUUGAACACACGUGUUCUCCAAAUUAUUUUAAAUGCGCCGACGAAAAGUGCAUUCCCAAAAGUUGGGUGUGCGACAAAGAGAAAGAUUGCAAAAACGGUUUAGAUGAAAUUAAUUGUCCUGUUAAUUCUUGCCCUAGCAACAUGUUUGCUUGCCCAUCGGGUCAGUGUAUAAAUUUAUCUUGGAGAUGUGAUUUUGACGUUGAUUGCAGCGAUGGUGCCGAUGAAAAAAAUUGCACAUAUCCAGAAUGUUCGGAUGAGGAAUUUAGAUGUAAAAAUGGUCGUUGCAUUGAGGCUCGCUACAAAUGUGAUUCAGAAAAUGAUUGUAAAGAUAAUUCCGAUGAAGAAAAUUGUCCGGUACCUGCAAAGAACACAACUUGUAAACCCGACGAAUUUAAAUGCGAAACUUCUUGCAUACCUAAUUCAUGGCGUUGCGACGGUGAUAAAGAUUGCGUUAAUAAUGAAGAUGAAACAAAUUGUACGAUGGGAGCUUGCGAUUCUUGGCAAUUCCAAUGCAAAAAUAAAAAAUGCAUCUUUCAAAUUUGGGUUUGUGAUAAUGAAGAUGAUUGCGGAGACAACUCGGAUGAACUUGAUUGCAAAUUGGAAAAAGAAAAUACUAAACACAAUCAAUCUCAAAAUUCUUGCAAUGCUUGGACUUUUAAAUGUGACAGCGGAAUUUGCAUUCCCUUAUGGUGGAAAUGCGAUCAAAUAAACGACUGUAAGGAUAUGUCCGACGAAAUAGGAUGCGAUUCGGCUGUUUCGAAUUCGAAGCCAACUGUUCCAAACAUUCCGCAUCCGAAGACUCCAACGUGUAAAGAACAUCAGUUUAGGUGUUUUACCGGUGAAUGUAUUGAAAAUUCAUGGGUUUGCGACGGGAUGAAUGAUUGCGAUGCAGGGGAAGAUGAACUUAAUUGUCAAAAAGAUGAGAAAUGCGAAAGCAAUCAAUUUUUAUGUCGGACGGACGGCUCUUGUAUUUUCCUUAAACAAGUUUGCAAUGGAAAAGUUGAUUGCCCGGACGGAUCGGAUGAAAAGGAUUGCGAAACGGAAAAAAUUCUUCCGAAUCCGGCCACGCCUAGCUGUCAACCGGGAUUUUUCCCUUGUGACGGUUCCCGUUGCAUCCCUCUUGCUUACGUAUGCGACGGCGAUCAAAUUUGUUACGACGGUACGGAUGAAACCAAUUGCGAAAAUUUUAAACGUGUUUAUCAAGUUUUGGAAAUGGGAGUCGAUCACAAGAGUAUAAAUUCUACGAGUUUUCUUUUGUACUGGUGGAUUUCUUUACCGGAAAACAUAAAAUUUCAAUUUCUUCCAUCUAUAUCCGAGAACAUUGAUAACAAAUUAAAAGAAUGGAAAAAUAUGUCUUGGAUAGAAGAUUCUGAAUAUCGUUUUGUCAAUUUAAAACCUUACACCACGUACACCAUGACAGUUUAUGUGAGAUUAGCCAAUGAAACUGAGGCUUUUCCAACAGCUGAAAGAGUUGUAUCCACAACACUGGCGGGAGUACCCUCUCCACCCAGGGAAGUUAAAGUCAAGCAAAUCUCUUACAUGUCAGCGGAAAUAUCAUGGCUUCCGCCGAAAAUACCGAACGGGCCGAUUAAUGAGUAUACCGUCAGAAUGACGCCUCCUGUACCGGCCAUUUCCAAAUCGGUUAUAGGAUCCACUACUAAGCUAGUCAUCAAAUUUGAAUUUGUUCAAAAUCAAGAAUAUUCUUUUUGGGUAACGGCUAAAAACAACGAUUUUGAAAGCAACGUUUCAAAUCAUGCAGUUUUAAAGUUUGAUUCUUUGGCAUUUAUGGAACCGGUUAAAAAUCUCGCGGUUUAUGGUAUAACUGAAAAUACGGUCACUUUAUCUUGGGAUCCUUUGACCAAUGUCGAUGGCUAUUGCAUUCAACCAUUAAUUCCGUUCGAUCUUUCUUACCCGAAAUUGCCAAUGAUCAAUACUACGAGUGGUGUUUCGUCGAUUACGAUAAAUAAUCUUGCUCCAAAUGUUGCAUUUAAAUUUGAAGUAAGUGCCUUCAGAAAGAAUUUCAUUGGGCCGGCAUCUAGUGUUGAAGCCCAGACUCGAGGUAUAUCGCUUCCAGCCAUAACUGGACUCACUGGGAAAAUCGUUCCCUCGGAGGGUACCGCCGUACAUCUUUCUUGGGACAGUCCUCAGCAUCCGUUUAAGGUUAAAUGGUCGUACGGAAUAUAUAAAGCAGUAAGAAUGGAAGAACUUUUUAAAGAAACUCCAAUAGUUGUUUCCAAUCUGUUUGCGACCGUUUCUAAUUUAGAAGCUUGCGAAUCUUAUUUAUUUAAUGUGGGAUUAGUAAAACCUUUAGGAGUCGGACCUCUUUCUCCUCCAUUAUUAAUUACAACCUCGUUUAAUAAAAAUGCUCCGCCGAAAAAACUCAGCGUCAAACCUCAUCCGAAAGAUGAAAAUUCGAUGAUAAUUCAAUGGGAGUCGAGUUGUAAAGUCGUCAUGGAACCCAUUGGCUACGAGAUUGUGGUUACGGAAAUCAACCUUAAUAAAUCCUCAUCGGUAACGUUACUACCUAAAAAUGACACUAAAUUCGAGCACACGUUCAAUACUCAUUUCGGAGGGAGGUAUAGCAUCGUGGUAUCGACAACCGCUGAUAAAUCAAUACCAUCGUUACCCGUUUAUUACGACGCACCGGAAAUUCUUCCUCCCCAUCAAGUUCAAGUUUUAAUCAACGGUAGCAGUUUCUACGUUUUGUGGAGGCAAAAAGAAUUACCAGAAUCUCUUGAAAGUUCCUCGUACAAAUAUAGAGUGUACGUUUCCAAAGGGAAGAAGAAGAAAACUUAUUUAUUGGAGUAA